CUUCCACAGUAGCAUUUUCCUGAAGUAGGACGGCAUAGUCUUCGCUUCUGUCUCUCUAUGUUGCUGCUAACAAUCAUGCAUUACAGACAAAACAUGCUUUGGAAUUACCGUCAUGAUGGCUAUCCUUCGGUGUUUCUAAUCCGUCCAACUUCGUUUCUAGUUUCUCCAGGUCAUCCAAUUCCUGGGAAUCUUUUUAUUCUCUGCCUCCUGUAAUAAUAUAGUAAAUGACAAGUUCAAGGACUGGCGUUUCUUUUUUCUCACUUAGCCACUUUCCUUCCAUUUUCCUAUCCAAAACUUUCUUGGGAACCAAACAUCUUCAUCAGCCAUGCAAAGUUCAAGUAAUUCGUGUGGUAGAGAUCAUUAUCCUGUAAUGUAUGUUCACUCAAUUCCUGAGGCAGGCAGGCUUCUCCCUUCGGCAAGCCAAUGGAACUCCAUAGAACUUGACUUCCAUCUAGUCCCAAAAUCCAACACUGCCUACGAUUCAAUUCCCUCUCAGUACUCUAAAUCCUUCGAUUUUGAACUUGUUAUUACUGAUAGGGACUACUUUAAGCGAUUUCUUUACGUUUCACUUGCUAUUGUUUUUGUUAUCAUAGCACUUGUUCUACUAGUUCACUUCUUGCCCCACAAGCAUAAUCACCAUGGGAAUUCGAAGAAUCUCACACUUGCCUUGAACCAAGCCCUGAUGUUCUUCGAUGCUCAGAAGUCUGGGAAUUACCCAAGUAAUAGUCCAGUGAAAUUCAGAGGAAAUUCAGGUUUGAAAGAUGGGGAUUCUCUACCCGGAAGCCUUGUGGGUGGCUUUUAUGAUUCUGGGAACAAUAUCAAAUUCAGUUUCCCUACAGCUUAUACUGUUACCCUCUUGAGUUGGACUGUGAUCGAGUAUCAUGAGAAAUAUGCUGAUAUAGGUGAGCUUGAUCAUGUCAAGGACAUUAUCAGGUGGGGCAGCGAUUACUUACUUGAGGUUUUCGCUCCCCAGAAUUCAUCUUCCAUUACACUAUAUUCUCAGGUUGGAACUGGCAAUAGCACCCAAGUCGAUAACGAUAUAAGUUGCUGGCAAAGACCUGAAGACAUGAGCUAUAAAAGACCUUUUUCAGCUUGUGAUGGCACAGCUUCUGAUCUAGCAGGAGAAAUCAUGGCAGCAUUAUCAGCAGCAUCAAUGGUAUUCCAAGAAGAUACUGCUUAUUCACGAAGACUAAUCCAAUCUGCAAAGAUUUUGUUUGAUGUUGCAACUAAGAAUGACUCAGAUCACGUACAAGGAACUUACACUGCUGUUGAUACUUGUGGAGGAGAGGCAAGAAUGUUUUACAACUCAUCUGGCUACAAAGAUGAACUGAUAUGGGGAGGAACUUGGUUGUUCUUUGCUACUGGCGAUGUUUCUUACCUCAGAUAUGCUACCAAUCAUUUUGGUGCAGCGGAGGAAGAGGAAACAAUAUCAGAGAAAGGUGUUUUCUAUUGGAACAACAAGCUUACUGCUACUGCGGUUUUGCUAACAAGACUUCUAUACUUUCACGAUAUGGGAUAUCCCUAUGAGGAUGAUUUAGGAUCUUCAUCAGAUGAAACCAACUUGCUCAUAUGUUCCUAUCUUUCUCAGGAAACCUUCAACAGAACACCAGGUGGAUUGAUCCUCUUAAGUCCCAAUAACAGCGAACCAAUCCAAUUUGCUGCUACAGCAUCUUUCCUCAGUAAAUUAUACAGCGACUAUCUUGAACUCACACGCAGUUUGGGUUUGACUUGCAGCAGUGAUAAUUUUUCCCUUGAAAUGUUGCAAAAUUUCGCCAUGUCUCAGGUAAAUUACAUCCUAGGGGACAAUCCUAUGAAGAUGAGCUACAUGGUUGGCUUUGGGAACAAAUAUCCAACCCAAGUUCAUCACAGGGCUGCAUCAAUCCUUUGGGAUGAUAGGCACUACACUUGUGAAGAGGGAAACAGAUGGCUGUACGCCAAAGAUGGAAAUCCAAAUAUUCUUUAUGGAGCCAUGGUUGCAGGACCAGAUCAAAAUGAUAAUUUCUUGGAUAAAAGGGACAAACCACAGUUCACUGAGCCAAGCAUAGCAGGCAAUGCAGGUCUAGUUGCAGCUCUCAUUGCCCUUCAUGAUCCACCACCUAAUCCUCCUGAUUCAAAUGGCUUUAGUUUGGGCAUAGAUCAAAAUGGCAUAUUUGAAAAGAUUCAUAAGCCUCCUCCAGCUCCUUGAGAGUCUUACAAUUUAGUACUGGAAAAAAUGAAGGAAUUAAAAGAAGAAAAUUGAACAGAUGAGAAACUCUGAUUGCUAAUGGUUUGGUGAAUAAUUGAGUUCGAACAACUGUUUUCCAGGA